AUGGGAUUCUUGAAAGCUGUCAAAUUUUACUCCAAAACUUUCUUAGCUGCUACUGUCUUGGGUGGUUGUGCUCUUUAUGGUGUUUUAGCCUCUAUUGCCUUGACACUUGUUGGAAAGCGUCAUCUUGCACAAUGGACCACUGCAAGAGUGUUUUACUAUACUUUCAGCUCAUUAUUGGGUAUCAAAAUCAAAUUAAUCAACGGAGAACGUUUAAAUAACUUACCAGCAAUCUUGAUUUCAAACCAUCAAAGUGUUUUGGAUAUUCUUAUUUUAGGUAGAGUCUUUCCAAAAGGUUGUGUUGUUACUUCAAAAAAAUCAUUAAAAUAUACACCAUUUUUAGGUUGGUUCAUGUCUUUAAGUGGUACAUUCUUCUUAGAUCGUUCAAAUAGAGAAAAAUCAGUUCGUACCUUAAACAAGGCUUUAGAUAACUUAAGAGAAAAAAAGAGAGGUUUAUAUAUUUUCCCAGAAGGUACAAGAUCCUAUUGUAAAACUCCAGAAUUGUUACCAUUCAAAAAGGGUGCUUUCCAUUUAGCUCAACAAGCUGGUAUUCCAGUUAUCCCAUUAGUUGUAUCAGUUACAUCUCCAUUACUUGAUUCUUCAACAAAAACAUUUGAAAGUGGUGAAAUUGUGAUUAAAGUUUUAGAACCAUUACCAACUAAAGACUUGAAAAAAGAAGAUAUUGGUGCAUUCUCCUCUAAAGUCAGAGAACUGAUGCUUGAAGAAUUGAAAACUGUUGGUUUAUCAACAGUUGGUGGUACUUCUGAAGAAUAUGAAACUUUCCCAAAUGAUAUUGAAGAAAGUUCUGAAGAACAAGGAGCAAAUGUCGAAAGCACCAGUCUUUUAAGCAAAAGUUCAGAAAGUCAACGCACUUAA